UCCAAAUUCUUCUUUUUCAGCAGAUUGUGGUAUUGGUCAAUUUUUAUGUGACGGACAAUGCGUACCGUUAAAGUGGAAGUGUGACGGUGAACCGGAUUGCUUGGACGGGUCGGACGAGUUGUUCCACUGUGCGAGAUGUGGCUCGGACGAGUUUCACUGUCAAUCAGGCCGUUGUUUACCAAAAGCGUACAUCUGCGAUGGCACGCAGGAUUGCGGUGCGAAUGGUGUUGAUGAUAACUCGGACGAGGAUCCGUCGAUUUGUCUUCACAAGUCCACCUGUCCACCGAAUUUCUUCUCCUGUCGUCAUGAAGCCAGAUGCAUCCAUUUGUCUCAGUUCUGUAAUGAGAUCGUAGACUGUAACGACCAUUCGGAUGAACAUGAAAAGUGUGAUGAUUGUAAGUAA